AUAAUAGUGCACUCCAAAUGAUGUUGUAAGUGUUUUGACACACUCUGAAGUGGAUAGUGGUCGGUUUGGGACGCAGCCAGUUGUCCUCGCGCCACUUAUUCAAAAGAAAAGUCUGUGUAAAUAGCUGACAAUGAAGCGGCUUAAUUUUUAAAUAUUUACGCCAAAUUCGAUAGUUAUUAGGGUUUAUUACUUGAUAGUUGUUAAGGUCAUUUUAUCUUGCUGUAGUUCAGAGAAUAUUUGCCAUCAUGAGGAGAAAUGAAAGUCAACCCAGACCAACUGCAGGCUGUCUUGCUGUACCACUGUUCAACCAAAAAAAGAGAAGCAGACUGCCGUUGACGUCCAACCCUUCAGAGAGUGAAGUGUGUUCUGGCAGUGAGUACAGAAACGUGCUGGGCUUUACACCAACCUCCCAUCCAUCCAAUGCUCAGGGAUCUACACAUAGAGCACCUUUAGCCCAGAGAAGUCAAUGGAACCAGGCGGCCAACCUCAACCCACACCCUCAGCAAGGCAAAGCUUGGUCCAGUGCUUCACCUGGUUAUGCGGGAAGAGGAUAUGCACCAGCGCCUUUCCCAAAUAAACCCACCUGGUCACAACCAGGGCCGCAGAGACCUCCAGGCAGACAGAACACCAUGGCAACAACAUCAGUCUUCAGACAGGAUGGGUUUGCCAGUGGAAGCGGAACCGCUCAAACCCCGAAUAAACCCGUCGCUGGCAAGCAAGCGACGAAGCAGCAGCCGUCGAGCGGAAACACCGGUUCAGCCCGAGGCCCCUUCAACCCGUCACAUCCCACAGCGCAGAAGCAAAGACCUGCCACUCAGGGUCAGAGUUCCCAGUGGAAGUUUAAGUCUGUUGGAGUUACAGGAGGUGGAACGUGGGUUGAGGACACUUUCGGUAUUUCAGCAAGUGAAAGCAGCCUACAUCAGCAGAAAUCAGCAGCCUCACAGGUAAAGCCGGUAGCUAAGAAAUCCCUGCGAAUCCUAACUGCUGUUAUUGAUGGUAUGAAACACUGGAGCCAGUUCAAGGACAAAGUGCCCAUGAUGUUUGAGGUUUUUGGCACUCUGGACUCUGCGGUUACGAUUGGCAAAUUCGGAGCGAAGAACUUCCUUAUAAGGGACGGGAAAGAUGUUGUGCCUUGCGUGUACUACGAAAAUGAUCAGGCGUUGCCCAGACUGAUCCGAGGUCAGGUGCAUCGCUGCGUGGGCAACUACGACAGACAGAAGAACAUUUUCACCUGCGUGUCGGUGCGAGCCGCUUCCCCCUCCGAGCAGAGGAACGCCCAGCAGGCCGUGAAAGCCUCGGACGCCGAGAUGAGAAACGUCGUCGGGCUGCUCGACGAAAUCUGAGAGGACGAUCAGGGGCAGGGACAGAGCAGGAGGGGUUUUGUUUAAAUUCUGUUUAGGGUUAGUUUAAAGGUGUACUAUACUUGUACAGAGAUGUGUUGAUUUGAGAUAAAUAAGUUGGAAAAGUUGUC